AUGGGAAUAGCCUAUUUUCGUAUUAUCCUUGUUUCAGCCAUGGAUUUAAGAGGAAAUGGGACUCUCAUUACGCGUAACAACGCAACUUACAUCCCACCGUCUCUGAUGCCCGGCUACCGUGGACAUGUCCCAACUACAAAAUUCAUGUAUGGAGAGACAUUUGGCAAUUCAACCCUAAAGCACUUCCAAAACUCUCGAUCUGAAACCAUGGCAUCUAGCAAAAGCCAUUGCUACACAGGUGAUGUGUCUGUGAUGACUCUGCGCUCCCAUAUGCACACUAAAUUUCCUACUGUGCCAUACUGGGUCCGGUACAAUAUUGACUUUAAAAGGCAGAAUGAGAUCAAUGACUUCAACAUGCUGUCACAGAAGCACAGGGAAAAUUACAAAGAUAAGACUGGAACUGUGCAGUCAGUCAACUACUUUGUCAUGCCAGUGAAAGAACCGGGUAGAACCUGA